AUGGUGCCCAAGCUUGGUAUUUCGAUGCAGCAGUACAUCAAGAUGAUGUACACGAAGCCCGCCGCUCUGUGCUUGGUGCAAUCAGCUUACGAGCUCCAAUCUGGUCGCCCGGACCAAACCAAUAGUCCCACUGAGUCACACAAGAGCAGCGACGACAGCAUCGACAGUGUCGACUGGUGUUCCGUUGCUGGACUGGAAGCCGACGAGAUCCUGCGAAACCGGAGCUCGUGCGCACUAUGCGGCAUGGUGUACAACGUCCUUCAGCGAUCCGGCCAAAUGUCUGGUGACGUCCGGCGGCGAACAUACCUGUACUUUGUUACCAAGUUUGGAUGGCCAAGCAAGGGGACACCUUGGCAAAUGGUCGAUGUCGAUGCAGACCCAGACCCAGGUUUUCUACGCUCCUUGAAGCAAGGUGCAGCCGUCAGCAUGGGCUCGAUGGACUUGUGUUCUGGAAUCGCUGGUUUGGCGGUCAGCAUUGGCUCGACGCAGGUACCGGGUGAAACCCCCACGCUAUGCCCUUAUGGUAUGCGCGUGUAUACCAACGGAGGUGGUUCGGCACAUGCGGGAAGUAUCUGUCCCCGUCGCAAGCCAAGCGCAUCCUGCAAUGAGCAUACCUUUGCUAUGGCGAAGGAGUGGUUGAAGCAUUGCUCGGCCAAACAUCUCCUUUGUCAUCACACCCUCUCUGGUACGAAAGUUCAAGAUGGGCCUGGUGAGACGCAGCUCCCUCUACGUGUGAUACGUGUGGUUGGGCCGGAUCCACCACGUCUCGUGGAAAGUCGACAGCACAUGGGACAAUUCAUCGCUCUAAGCUACACUUGGGGACCAUCACUCGACGACGAAGAUUCCACUGUGCUCACGGCUCGGAAUUUCGACGAGUUUAAGCGCCGUAUUCCGCUAGACCGCAUGCCGCAGACGAUGCUGGAUGCCAUGGAAGCGACACGGCAACUGGGUGUCGAGUAUCUGUGGGUAGACUCACUCUGCAUCAUCCAGAAAGACAAUCGGGACUGGGAGCAGCAAUCGGCAUUGAUGCCUGACGUCUAUCAGAAUGCGAUAUUGACGAUAGUGGUACUGGGCGAGCGGGACAGGUGUACUGGCUUCCUCGCCCGAGGGUCUCCUGGUGCAAGCGUUGCUAUUCCUUGGUACGAACCGGGAGAAUCCGGCCACCCGAUCCAGUGCGGCCACAUCAUGGCAACUUCUGCUCUCCCCUUCCACAAGCCACCAGCUCGACGCACAGCGAAGACAUGUGAGGUUCAACACAGCAAUUGGAAUUCGAGGGCCUGGACUUACCAAGAACGUGCGCUGUCUCGACGCAUACUGUACUUUGGGGAGUAUCAGAUGUACUGGGAGUGCGCAAUAUGCGUUAGGUCGGAGGAUGGAUUCGAUGAGAAAGUAGCGCCGGCGACUGGCAAGGAAAUGCAGGUGAUGAGCCAAGUCGCUGCGGAGCGAGGGUCUGGUUCAAUCUGGCGCCUUUUCGCAAGGUUGCAUGACAUCUUAGAAGAAUCGCGAGAAGCGGCGGACUGGAAGGUCCCUCUGUCGGAUCAGACGCUCAAGGACCAGAUGCUCGAAUAUUACUUGAAGACUUCGCAAUCCUCGCUUGUGGGACGGUCUUUGGAUCAUUUGGAUGGGCUGUUGCGGCGCAAGUUCGACCUUUCGUCCUCGAGCCUCGGAAUCAGUGGCAGCGGACUCCUACGGGAGUACUCGUCCCGAAGCCUGAGCGACCCAACCGACAAGCUUGCUGCUUUGCAAGGCCUGGCGCAAGCAUUAGGACAAGCCAGCCAACAAGAGUAUUUUGCCGGCGUCUGGACGAAGAGUUUGGCAAUGAGCUUGUUCUGGCACUCUCCAGAAGGCAACCUCGUACGACCAGCUGUCCAAAGGGCUCCAACGUGGAGUUGGGCUGCCUGGGAUGGGUUGAUCGAAGGCUACGGCACCAAUCCAGACUUCUUUGAUGAGACGAUCGAUCUCAAGCAGGACGAAAUUCAGAAGAGCAGCGGCGACCUUCGGGACCCGCUGUUCCUAGAACAAAACCACUCGAUGCAGAAGCAAAGAGGUGUGCAACCCGUAUCGCUGCAGUGCGACGCUGCUAUGUGUACUGUCAGUCGCUCUCCGAACACCUGCCUCUCCUACCCUCGUGUGUACAAGCAGUUGGUGGAAGACUUGGGUCUCUGGCCUCGAUGGUACAGGCCAUGGUCUGCUGAGUCCUGUCAUCUACUGUACUUCUCCUUCCCAGACCUUGUGGGCACGCCGCGGCUGGGACAGAGAAGCGUAGCAAGUUUCUGUCCAGGAUGUCAGGCCCCGGUGAAUUGCACUGACGAGAGCGUGGCGGUCGAGCACCUGGAACGAUGCCCGAAUGCUGGGCCCUCGGCACCGGCUGAUAUCGGUAGGCGGCAGAAGCUUGUCGGCAUGGCGUUGUUUGACGAGCCUACCAGAGCGGCACGUAAGAUAUACGCUCUGGUACUCUGGAGAAAGGGCGAUCCCGGCGUAGCGUUCCUCGACCCUUCGACCAUGUCAAGCUAUGACUAUGUCAGGUCUCUGGAUUGUCUGGGGCCCGCCGAUGAUACCUCAUCCGGGCCCACGCACGGCAGUAUCUUGCCAAGUCCUAUCGCUCUCUUACCCUCUACAAACCAUGUCCUCGGAUUCCGACGCGCUGGACGAAUUAGGUUGGGACGCCGGGCGGUGCUGAAGCAGACUUGGCGGAGCAGGAGAUCGUAUUCCUUGCUCCUAGUCCAGCCUACACCGGUUGCUGGCACUUACAGGCGGGUAGGCAUUGCCAUUGCGUACUCCCUGCCCAAGUUAGCAAACUUGGGAGGCGUCGAUCUUGACGAAAUGACCAUGCGGAAGCGAGUCACCCUGGUGUAA